UGACAGUAUGACAAAGACUGGGGACUGAUCAUUGUAGCCACAGAGCCCAGGGUACCCUGCACUCACCAACAGGCCAGUUGAUGCUCCUCUCAGAGGCUAAGGGCCUUGACCAUCAUGCAACCUUGGGUAGCCAUCUCCAGCUUCAUACUACUUCUGACAGAUGCUGUAGUUUCUCACACUCAAGUGACUGGAGUGGUGGGUCAUUCUGCCAUGCUACCCUGCACCUACUCAACAGCUAAUGGAGUCACAGCCAUGUGCUGGGGCCGGGGGCCAUGUCCCAUGUCCCAUUGCUCAGAUGAAGUGGUCUGGACGGAUGGAUCCCAUGUCACUGUUCAGAAGCACCCGCGUUAUAAGCUAAAGGGAAACAUUUUAGGAGGGAACGUGUCUUUGACCAUAGAGAACGUGGCCCAGACUGAUAGGGGUCUGUACUGCUGCCGUGUUGAGCACAAGGGGUGGUUCAAUGAUAUGAAACUCACCCUAUCAUUGGAGAUAAAGCCAGCUGAGGUCACCAGUGUUCCAACGUCACCUAGGGUCUUUACCUCUACUUCUUCAAUGCCAGCACCCACGCAGAACCUCAAGCCAGCUACUUCAUCUUCUACAGUGCAGACAGCAGGAACCCAGCCCACUGCGCCGCCACAGGAAACGAGCACAAGGCAACCCACCAAUUCACCGUUGUACUCCUGCCCGACAGAUGGGAAUGGCACUGUAACACAGUCUUCAGAUGGCCUUUGGCAUAGCAAUCAAACUCAUGUGUCGCUGGCACAAAAUCCAUGGAUGACCACCAGUAAGGGACUCUACAUUGGCAUCUGCAUUACUGCUGCGGUAUUGCUCGCUGUGUUGGUUGUCGUGAUUACCAAAAAAUACUUAUGCAUAAGAAGCAAGCUGGAACAACUAAAACAAAUGCCAUGGGGGAAAACAGAGCAAGGUAAUGGGCUAUUUGAGGGAGUCCUGAAGGAAUGGAAGGCAGCUCUGCAAAGAUCUGGAAGAAGACAACUCUAGGCUGAAGAAGUGCAAAGGCACUGUGGUGGGGCAAAUGCCUUCAGCUCUCCACAGUUCCUGUCUUCCCCUGCUGUUCCAUUCCCAGCCUGUUCUGCUCAUUUGCGUUGGUUAUCUGGCCUCA